AUUUCUCCCUCUUGUCCCGUUGUCACCUUCUGCUACCUCUGUAACAACCCCCCCCAAUCCCUCGCCAUGGCGCCCAAAGAAGAUUCCAAGGCCCAGGAUGCCCUGUUGACUGUGAAUAUCGAUGAUUUCACUCGCACUCGUGAUAGUGUCAUCAUCAGCCUUGCUCAGCUGCAGGCGGCGGUCUCCGAUUUGUCGCGCGCCUACAUCAAUCAUGCCAACACUGUUCUGAACCGGCCGCCGACCGGUCUUGACCUCAGUAGCCUUACCGCCGGUGGUCUCUCUGGCGGUCUCACCUCUCUGCUGGAGACCAGCCUGCUGGCGCCCCCGCGCGCCGCCAGCCCCGGCGCCAAAUCCGAGACGGGCGAGAAGAAGAAGCGCAAGCGUGCGCCUCCGGAUCCCAAUGCCCCCAAGCGCGCCCUGACUCCCUACUUCCUCUACAUGCAGCACAAUCGCGCCCGCAUUGCCGAGGAGCUCGGUCCCCAAUCCCGCCCUAAGGAUGUCGCCGACGAGGGCACUCGCCGCUGGGCCGAAAUGCCCGAAACCCAGAAAGAGGUCUGGAAGAAGCUGUACGCCGACAACCUCGCCGUGUACAAGGAGAAGAUGAAGGCCUACAAGGCCGGUCUCCCGGUGCCCGAGGGUGACCAGGCGGCCAAGCAACUGCACGAGGAUAUGGCUGUUGUCGAGCCGACUGAGGAGGAAUCCAACGACGACUCCGAGUCCGAGGAGGACGAGUCCUCGCCUGAACCCGCCAAGGAGCCCACGCCUCCCCCAAGCAACAAGCGCCGCCGUAGCGAUGCGCCCAAGACGCCCAAGAAGGCCUCGCCGGAGAAGAAGAAGCGCAACACCAAGAAGGACAAGGAGGAGGAGCAGCCCGCCCCGGCGUCCACGCGCAAGGCCCCCGCCGAGAACAAGCGGGCCACCAAGAAGAAGCGCAAGAGCGAGAUUGCCGAGGAGUAGUUUGAUCCUUUCCACCGAGC